AGCCUUGUGCACGCUGCUCUCCUGAUCACUUGUACCAAGGAGAGUCUUGCUGUUUCACAAGUAAAGACAGUAUAUUGAGGGAUUUCACACGCCUCUUUAUUGUGAAUUUGAUUUUAAAAAAAAGUGGCUCGAAAGGCGCGCUCUCACAAACAGGAUCUGGUAUGCUCCAGAGACUUCGUUGGAGCCUGAAUAAGACCGACGCUGGUUGCUGUCACGUCCACAAGCCUGUCAACCGCUUGGUCACCUCAAAGCCUGUCCAUGGUACUGGCUGAGGACCUCAAGAGGUUAUUGGAAGAUACUGUUGUGUUCUUGAAGAGGGCAACCUAGUUGAUGGCCUUGCGGAAGGCUGAGCUCUCUGACCUGAAAGGCAUCGUACCACGAUCAGCUCGACCGGCAGAACUCAAUAUGAUUUCUUGCACUGGAACAAGCACUUGCCUAGUCCGAGAAGAGUACUUUCACAUUUUGGAUAGCUCAGACUCACCAACUGCUCCAUAUCCUGAUUUUGGGCGACUUGCUACUCAACCAAGCAAAAGGCUAUGGCCAAAGGGCCCUGACCACCACUUCCUGACCAUCAUCGACUGAAGAUAUCGCUGAAAGAACAGCCUGCAUCCCAUUUUUUCUACUUGAUAGAUCAAACUUUCACAACAAUGCCUCCAAACAGGAAGAAAAACCGCCGCAACAAAGUUGCAACCCAGGCCCAGACCCAAUCCACCCCAACCCCGAAGACUGUCUCUUGCCCGCGGUGCAACGAGCAGAUCGUCAUCCCCAAAACUUGCAAGCACGGCAAGAAACUCAUCAACUGUCAGGGAACUGGAUGUACCACAGCCCACUUCGACGAACAUAACGCGAAUUGUCGGUUGGUUCCACCUUCCAACCCUGCCGAUACGCCAUCAGGAAUGUCAGGAAUGCCAAAACCAAGAUCACCAAGUGUGCAAGUUUCCGAUCUGUCUAAGACCUUCCAGUCCGCUCACACUGCAGCAAUGGGAACACUGUCAGAACAGCUCACGGCACUCAAGAAACGCCGCGGCAAGGACCCGAGAUAUGUCCAGGGCAUUCCCAUAGGCGAGUGGUUAAGGAUGCUGGAGGGAGGGCGUGUCCAGCAGGUCAAUCAAUGGACCGAAAAGUUGAAAGAUUUGGUUCAAGGCAAGAAGACCGCCGAGGAGAUUGAAUAUGAUGACGAGGAUAGUGACGACGAGGGCGAUAGAUGCCCGACACCAUCAGAGGACGAGUGACGGCAAGGGCAGACACCAGAAAUGUCAGUCAGACCUUCGGCGGAUGGGAACUGCAGCCUAUAUAGAGGCAACCGACCCAUAUCUCAGGACCACCAAGCGUCCACUACGUCUAACCCGUUCAUCAAUUUUGGGCGGGUGUAUGAAGAGCACCGCACUAUCGAGUGCAUUGAAAUUGGGAGGGUAUUCGUCUUGAAUGGCACCUCCCAUCAUAGUGACCAACUACACUCUGGGCGGGAUCGUUGACAAUUCGAGUCUGCUUUAUUCGGGGACGGUCCCCUCCAGCAGCAUUGGCCAUAUAACGUUCCUCCAACCUCCCAGGCAGACACCAUUGCCAAAUUCUCAUCAUAAGAGUGUGGCAACUGCAUCUUAUGGUUCAUCGGAGGGUGAAACGUGGGUGUCGUGGGUCACCAAAUUCGUGAAUCGAGGUCGAGAAUAGGGGGACUUGAGUAACUGACUCAAAUGAAGAACUCGGUGUCGAUGACGAAUGCCUUGGUAGGCGUUUUGUCCGACAGUCCAACGACUUGUUAGUAACCACCUAGUAAGGACCGAGCGGGUAGAAUCGGCAAGAG